CUCUCUCCUGCAUAAAUCGAUUUUCAUAAGAAUCCGCAGCAAAAUAAAAUUUACUAGAAAUAUGGGUAUAACACCGUCAAGAGAAGACUUCGUAGCCCUAGAAGGAUACGCAAAAAAAAGCGAAGAAGAGCGCAGAGCAAUAAUACAAAACGCGGGAAUGGAAAUAACCGAUAACGACAAAGAGAUAGCACAAUUUUUGGGUUCAGAAGACGAAAUACUAGGUUGUUUUAUUAGGGGAAUAAUCACGAUAUGCUUAAGACACUUUAACAACCAAAGAACAAAAGAAUUUAACGAAUACAUAGAAGAUUACAAGACAGCAACAAACGAUAUGAUACAACAAAAAACUGUAGAAAUGAACGAAUGGGCCCGACUAAAAGAAGAACAAUGGAACAUCAAAGAAGAAUAUUAUUUCAAAAAUACAUCGAUAAAAGCGCACCAAAUACAAACCGAACUAGGAGCGGUAGAUAACGAAGACAGGAUAAGGAUAGAAAAACAGGAAAAAGAGAAAAUUAUGAAUGAAUGUAGAAAGAUAACUAUGAACAACCUCGACGAGGACAGCGACAAAGACGAAGAGAUAAUUCAACAUACGUGGGAAAUAGAAAGCAACACACCCAGUGAAGAAUCAUGGGACGAAGGGAAAAUGAACCAAAAAUACCACGUUUACAACAAUGCAUCACACCAGACAAAUGAAAACACCAAUAAUACUUCGAGAAUGCAGGUCGAGAAUAAAAAUAGAAAUUUUACAAAAUCAAGAGACCAAUCAUU